CUUAUACCACCGAUCGACUCCAACCUUCUCUGGGUCUUCUCAACUGUCAGCUAUUUCGCAUUUUUGUCAAUACGCCUCACCUGCUUCCAGCCACUCUUGUAACUACCAUGGUUCUUAUCACACGACCCGGCAGCGCCUACACCAACGCCCAGAUCUCGGGGUUCUACUUCCGACCGUGUCGUGACGAGUAUGACGAGGUGAUCCUCGAAUACUCCCGCUGAAGAUCUUUCGUUUGUCGAACGUCUUCGUAAGCGCCGCCGGAUUGCCGGACCCGCUGUUUCCUACGAGCAAUUGAAGACGAUUCCACCAACGUCUAACGUGGUGGAACGCUUUUUUAGUGUUGCGCGGGUGACAUUUGGUCAUCAAAGACAAGGGUUGCAACCUGCAACGCUGGAUAUGAUCUUAUUCCUCCGUGAGAACCGUAGUUAUUGGGAUUCUAGCACUGUCAACAGCAUCAAUUGAUACCGUACAUUGUACAUGUUUCUCAAUGGAGAACUAAGGUAACACAUUUUAGUGGUCUCCAUUACUCCGUUAUUUAUUUGCCGUCUUCGUUUAAUGACAUAAUUUAUUUGAUAGAGUAUAGAGGAG